AUGGCCGACAACAGCAAUGUCCCAAUACGACCCUAUAACUGUGCGGAGUAUCAAGAGUGCCUAACGGCGUGGGGUUAUCUAGACUACCUGCCCAAUGUGCCAGCCAACGCUGUGUUUGUGGCCAUCUUCACUAUUGCUACAGCUGCCCAAGCUAUACUGGCAUGGCGUCACCGCACUUGGGGUUACUCGAUAGCCAUGCUGAUCGGCACCAUCCUCGAAGUUGUCGGCUACGGCGGUCGCAUUGGAUUGCACUACAAUGUCUUCAUCAACACAUGGUUUAUCAUGUAUCUCUGCUGCCUGACUAUAGCCCCUGCGCUUUUCACCGCAGCUAUAUACCUAUCCUUGUCACGCAUCCUCGCUAUCUAUGGGGAAACACUCAGCUUCAUCAGAGGCCGCAGCAUAACUCUCACCUUCAUUUCUUGUGACCUCAUCUCCCUGGUCCUCCAAGCAGUUGGUGGAGCAUUGGCCUCGACAGCUAUCACCAUAGAAACACGUGACAUUGGCGUUAACAUCAUGAUCGCUGGCUUGAGCGCGCAAGUGGCUGCCACAACAGGCUUCUCUCUGGUCUGCCUGCACAUUAUGUGGAACGUCCGCAAGCAUCCCGAGCGGGUCAACGUCGAGCAUGAGGGGUUCAGGCGAGGAAAACGCUUCCGUGCUUUCAUCUGGGCAAUUGUCAUCGCCAUCACCACAAUCCUGAUACGUUGCUCCUUCCGUGUCGCUGAAUUGAGUGAAGGCUUCAAGGGCGAACUCGCUAAUAACGAGGUACUCUACAUGAUCUUCGAAGCUGCCAUGAUGUCCAUCUGCGUGUUUGUGCUGACGAUUGCACACCCGGGUCUGACGCUGGGCGCGCAUUGGAAUAGAGGCAAGUUUCACUGGAACCAGAAGCAAAAACGAGAAGUCAAGAAAUAG